AUGCAACCGGUUCAGCAUGGCCACGUAGCCAGGCCGGAGGCUAUUUCGCCCAUCUGCGGUAGUCGUGGCAACCGAGCCCCAAUCGUGUGCCUACGGCCCAAGCUUCCAGACUUACAAUCGCAGAAAACUCACCAUCGGAUGCCAAUAUCCACCCGCAUACGGGUCGGUCGGCGCUGGAAUCCACAACCGCCGCCUCGCCCCGCAUGUCUGGUGUCCAGGCUGACCUCGGAGUGGGGCGUUGGCAAUCGUCUCUUGUCGGCUGUACACACCUUCAGUACCGGCCUUGCUGGCCCGCAAUUGUCAACUUGGCGCCAGCCUACUCCAGUUCGCCUCUGA